CUACUGACUCCCGCGGCCGUUUUUCAUAUGCGUAUGCGCAGCCGCGCCGCCGAUGUCCGUCCAUUCCUGGCUGGUGUCCGUGGUACGCACUGCGGUGGCCCUUGGGCGGGUGAGGACGGGUCGGUGAAAAGCGCGGUGACCCAGAACUUCGAAAAUUCAAAUUCGAAUUUUUGCGGAAGCAGGGUGGGGGCGGCGGAGGACAGCCAGGCGAACCGUUCGGCGUGGGUGUCCAUCUUUCGAGUCUACGCAAGUUGUGAGCAGCGGGCGCAUCUUCCUGCAAGGCGCAUCUUCACCUCCGGCGUGCGUACUGUCCUGUGGGAGCGUAGAGCAGCGGGCGCGUGUUCGGCUCCGACGUGUGUCAUCUUCUGUGGCAACGUACACCAGCGGGCGCAUCUUCGGCUCCGACGUGCGUGGUCUCCUGCGGCAGGGUUGAUCAGCGGGCGUGUCUUCGGCGGCUGUGGCAGGCGUCACGCUGUAGACGCGGAACGAUUGUCACAGAUGGACGUUCGCGGCUGUGGGCACGGUCUACACGAAGAAGAGAUCGACGCGGUGGCGAUGGCGGUGACUGCCGUCGUCCUCAACACGAUGAGCAACAUGUCGUCGUCCUCACGCGACAUGGUGAUGCAGCUCCGCAAACGAAGAGCGCUGUUGCAAAGCGUUGCCGAAGCCCCGGAUUGCGUGGCCACGUGUGAGGCAGUCGUCCAGUUGUGUGCCGCGCUGUCGACUGGCGUUUUCUCGCGGCAGACCCCGCAUCGUAGCCGCGUGCGCCACUACGUGGAGAAGAAGGUCACGCACUACAGGAUGCCAUUGCCAGUGGAGCAGGUGAUCGCUUUCACGUUGUACAGGUGGGCGUCCGGAGAGACGUACGAGAGCGGCACGUCAGCAUUCGGCAUCGGCAGGGCAACUAGACUGCAGGCCGUCCGCAACGUCACUUCGGCGCUGCUGCAGGCGUACCCCGACGCGAUAAAGUGGCCAGUGGGCCGUAGACGUGCGCAGAUUCUGCGCGCUUUCCGUGAGAAGGGUUUCCCAAAUUGCUUCGGCGCAAUCGACUGUACACACAUCUACAUUGACAAGCCCGCCGGCGCACCGUCGACCAACUAUUAUGACCGAAAACAGAAGUUCUCCGUGCAGGCGCAGGUGGUGGUGGAUUUGGAUCUGCGGAUCCUCGACGUGCACGUCGGAUACCCGGGAAGUGUGCACGACGUCCGUGUCUUGCACAAUUCCCAGCUGUGGAGGCGUGCAGAAACUGGCGAGCUGUUCGACGCACCUUCGGAGAAUCUGCCGCACGGUGUCGUCACGCGAGGUUACCUGCUGGGCGACAACGGUUAUCUUGUUGCCUAUCCAUGGAUCGUGCAGCCGUACGGAGGAAUCGACCAAGGUCCUGACGAGGAGCGCUUCGACACGUGGUAGAAGGUGGCGCGGGGAUGUGUGGAGAGGGCAUUCGGGCGACUGAAGUGCUUGCGCACCCACAAGACGAACCUGAAGACCU